AUGGCAGAAAAGUUAAUAAUGUUUCUGGUAACGGUGACUUGCCUGACCGGACUGUCGGCAAGCUUUCAGUAUUCAGAUCUGGUGGAUAUUAACGUGGCCUGCCCGCCCAAAGACACGUGCAUUGUUCAAAACGUCGUCGAUUCAAAUGACUGGGAGAAAAGGAACUGUUUUUGUGACGAUCUGUGUGGUGAAUAUGGCGACUGUUGCCUCGACGCCCACACAUACAAUGUCAACGAGCACCGGAGGCCAGGCCGCUACGAGUGCGUGCAUCUCAGACAAUUUGGCGACCUGUACAUGCGAAGGACUUGCAUGUCGGGCUGGGAGGACCCGGAAAUUGCAAUGAUGUGUUUGAGUGGUACCCCACACUCCAGCUCCAGUCGCAGAGACCCCCUGGUUGACCUACCUGUGACCAGCCUAGACUCUACCAUCACCUACACUAACUUCUACUGCGCCCUCUGUAACAAGGACUCCAAGUCGCUGGGGAUGUGGAAGGCGCGGGUGGAGUGCCCUACUCUCUCCCGUUACCAAUUCCAUUUUCGGAACCUGACCAUAGAAUAUGUCUCUUCUAAUCUUUUCUUCAAAGACGAAAACUGGGGUCUCUAUAUUGAUGACAAUGGAGUUGAAGUCUUCCACACUUGCUUCAUCGAUCCCGUACUGCCGGAAACUGUUUCACAUUUGGUGAGACCAUGCAAGCAAAUGACUAAGGUUUGUGAAUCGGAUUGGACGGAUACAGAUGUAGAGAAUCUCUGUCAUUCGUACACAGCUGUGGUAUACAAUUUUGAACAUGCCUACAGAAACCCUCACUGUGCUCAGUGUAACUAUGUACCCAAAAACUACACUUGUUUCUAUAGGUCGAUGACAAGAUUUUUUUUCGAUGACAAGUUUAAUCCUAAUGCAUUUUCAUUAUUGUUUGACUUUGUCGACACAAGCGGCAGCAACAUGGUGGGGUCGACAUCUUCGUGCAGAGUGGGUCAAGUGUUUGACCCGUUCUUUAAGAAGUGCAGGAAUGUGCUAUGCAGUAAAGCUAAGCAAGAAUACAGGUUCGGUCGUUGUAUUGACAUCGAUGUCGACAGUGACCCAGCGGCUGACGACGUCUCAACAACCACUUCAAGUACCACCUCCCUGGUCACAUCUUCAGAGAGCAAGCCACUGGAUACUACAACAGAAGUAUCGAGUGAUUCCUCAAACACCAGCACCGAGAGGACCCAAACUCUGACUUGUGAGAAGUUCCUUUUGCCUGCUAGCGAAUUCACGAUGAGCGCCAACGGUACUGUGGUGGCUGAAGAGUACAAUCGAACCUUCCAGUCUCACGAGUACGAACAGACGGAAGGUGGAGUUCUAAUAUGCAUUAUCCACACAGAAACGGACAAGUUCUCUCCCUUGAUGGGCUGGGUGUCACUGGCAGGACUUGGCCUCUCUUGUGUAUGCCUAAUAUUACACCUGACUGCUUUUUUUAUCGUUCCAGAUCUAAGAAACCUGUCAGGAAAGAAUCUGGCUUCUCUUUGCCUAGUUCUGCUGGCCGCAUAUACUACUUUCAUACUGAGUGUAUUUGGAGAACCAGGCAAGAGCGAGUGCUUUAUUUUGGCAGCUGCCCUGUACUACUUCCUCCUGUCAUCCUUCUGUUGGAUGAACGUGAUGGCGUUCGACAUCUGGAGAACGCUGAAGCUGGCAACGUCCCACCUUCGAGUGCCUGCAGGUCGGCAGUGGGGUAAAUUUUUAAUUUAUUCCAUAAACGGGUGGCUGAUGCCCGCUGUCGCUCUCACCGUCGUGGUGAGCACUGACCUCCUGCGACCUGACGGCCUGCCUCCACACUACUUCCCAGCCCUCGGUGAACGCUGGUGUUGGUUUGGACAACGUAAAGCUCUUCUGGUGUUCUUUGCAGCUCCAACGGUGACAAUAAUGUUGAUCAAUUUAGUACUGUUCAUCUUAUCUUCACGUAUAAUCGCCGUAACGACGCAAUCAACAACGAAAAUAACCUCGUGUGCCCCACACUACAACCAGUUCAAGCUGUAUUUGCGCCUGGCGCUGUUGAUGGGUCUAACGUGGCUCAGCGGCGUGGUAGCCGGGUACCUGCAAGUGGAGCCCGUCUGGUACACCUUCGUCCUCCUCAAUACCCUGCAAGGUGUCUUCAUCUUUGUAGCCUUCACCUGUACACACAAGGUGUGGCGCGUAGUGUCACGUAAACUCAUGUGUGUGAUGGCCACGUAA